CUCAGAACGAUACACGUUCUUCCUGGUUUGGACGCACUUAAGAUCUGCCAUUUCAGAUCAGGUUUACGAAUGUCGGUAGACCAUACCUGACAACUGUCCAUGUCUCCACUACGGUAUAAUAUAAUGGUGGACUUCAAUGUACACACAUUUAUAUAUUUGGUUGUGGUUUUGACAGCAGUCAACUGCUUCUCCAAGGAUACGCUGAAAAAUGCCAUCUCCGAUCUGAGAAAGGAUUUUGGUAUUCUUUUGAAUGCAGAUAUAGGCACAUUUCAGCCUUGUGAUGACCUUGAAAGAAAGUCUUCGCAUGUGUGUCCACGCAUCUUCUGGAGCCCUGGAACAAGCAUUGACCCCAGGAAAGAAAUCCGAAUCGGGGCGCACUUCAGUAUGCCCUUUGACCUUGAGAUUGGAAGUGCCAUGGUGAUACUGAAGGUAGACGAUCAGCCAAUCUAUGAGGACCGUCUCGACUUCACAUGUAAUAUGCUGAUUGAAGCCGACGGAUAUGUGCCUUUCCUAACAGAGUGCCCGGUCUCCUUCAACACCAAUAUAUCAUUCACGCACACAUUCACAGAUGUGUUAGGAUUAAAGGCUUACCCGGGUACAUAUGAAGCUGAGCUGAGGGUCAAGAACCAAGACGAAUCUGUUAUAUGCUGUAAAGCAACAUUGGUCAUAAUGGCAUAAAUUGGAAGCCAAGACCAGCAGGCGUGAAAAGAACCAAAAUAUCUGUUUGACAAGACAAAUCAAAUACUGACUGGAAAAUAAGAUGUUUGAGGAUUAAACAAUAUUUUGGGUGUCGAAUCAUUUCAUCGCAAUAUACGACUUGUAUUUUUCAUUUAAACUUGAUAAACCUGUUUUCGUCAACAAAUUAAGACCAAAUGCACGUGUAACAUGUAUUUACUGACUAGUUUGUCAACCUCAUUGACGUCAGUUAUUAAGGCAACAUCUUAUACCUUUCCAAUUUAAGCACAACCAUUUUUUUCUUGGACCAGAAGUGUUUACCAUUUGUUCACAGUACGAGUACUUCGGUAUCAAAUGAAGGAGCGACUUAGGAACAACACUACCUAGGUUUACUUGGAACAGUAGUCUAUCACAGUCUAUCUGGUGAAAAUACCCUGUACUAUACAAAUCGAAGGUGAUUUUAAUCAAGAUAGAAAAUAUUUUCAAGAUAGCCAAAAGAUUUAGGUAAUAUUUUACACCUGUCCUAUUAUAUAAGAUGUUUUAUUAUUAAGGUUAUAUUUUACACCUGUCCUAUUAUAUAAGGUGUUUUAUUAUUAAGGUUAUAUUUUACACCUGUCCUAUUAUAUAAGGUGUUUUAUUAUUAAGGUUAUAUUUUACACCUGUCCUAUUAUAUAAGGUGUUUUAUUAUUUAGGUAAUAUUUUACACCUGUCCUAUUAUAUAAGGUGUUUUAUUAUUUAGGUAAUAUUUUACACCUGUCCUAUUAUAUAAGGUGUUUUAUUAUUUAGGUAAUAUUUUACACCUGUCCUAUUAUAUAAGGUGUUUUAUUAUUUAGGUAAUAUUUUACACCUGUCCUAUUAUAUAAGGUGUUUUAUUAUUUAGGUAAUAUUUUACACCUGUCCUAUUAUAUAAGGUGUUUUAUUAUUUAGGUAAUAUUUUACACCUGUCCUAUUUAAGAAUAUGUCUGAUUAUAUAUUAGGUGCAUACUACGUUAAACCAUGCUUUAACUUUAACUAGUCUAUGCUUACUUUCUGGGAAUAAAGACGAAAGUCAUUCAGCUAGAGAUAGAUAAAAGUCUAGAUGCGAGGUAGACUGUUUAUGAAUAUGACGCGAGCAUCGUCCAUGUUCAGUGUGUAACUGAGACAGAUCACGUAUAUACCACAUCAUCAGUUAUGUAUAUAUUGAUUCUUCAUGCAUUUUAUCCCGAUAGUAUUCGGGUUGUAAGGUGUACAUGGCGUAUCAAACGUUAUAUUGUGAAAGUUGUGAUAUACAUUCAGUAUCUUGUUAUAAUUAGUAUCUCGAUACUUAACUUCUCUUGUGCAAUAUUGUAACGUUUUACAGGCCAUACAUACAACAUGAUCAUUGCUAAUUUUAGUUUGGGCCUCGGUACUGUAAAGUAAAUAAAAUAAAUUAGGCAUGUGUAAUUAUAGUGACUUUGAAUGCUGUACAUCAGGUUAAAAUUGGUUUAUGAAUAUGCAAUUCAUUUAGCUUAAUGCUAUGACGUAUUGUCUUAUAUAUUAUUUACCAUUACAUGUAUUUGUGAUAUUAAAUAAAUCAUUAUUGUUUGGUUUA